GAGCACGUUAUUGUGGCGCUCGCGCUCCGUGGUGACCCGUCACCGGGGAGGGGGCAGGACCGCUGGCGCACUACCGACAGGGACCGGCAAGCGCUCUCCAAACGCCAGGUUCAGCCUAUCGUGAGAUGCAUCGCGAACGGUGGAUACUGAGAACUCGUUUUCAACGCAUACUGCAAAAGUAGCAUUCCUCCUUUUUUUGUUGUUGCAAUGGACAGUUUAAUAGCCUAUAUUAUUUAGAAAUACGCGAUCAGUGGGAUUUUAUAGACAAGUUGUCACAGAAAUCAACCGGCCGGUGAAGUUGACUCUUCUUCAAUUCAGCGCAGCCUAUUUUGUGUUGAUGGUCGGAGAUGCUGACAGUAUGGAGCUGAACAGAAGGGAAGUGCCUCUCUAUGGUCAGGUUGAAGUUUGUGUGGAGUGGCAGGCACCAGGACAAGAUUCAGAUCCAGAGGGGGCAGAGUACUAUGUGGUUUUAGAGGGAUCCACUUUGGACCACGUGACUUCAGCUCAGUGGACUAGUGAUGGAAAAUCUCUGGUUUUCAAUGCCCCAGGGCAUAAUUUGGCGGAGAGUGUCUCCGUGGGGGUGUAUGUAUGCGUGGGCGAAGACGAGACGGCAGAAGUGACCCCCCUGUCCCCCUCAGGUAGUACCCUCUCUCUGAAGUACGUACAGGACAAGGUCCAGGACCUGGCCGAGCUCCUCAUGAGUCAGUCAGGCCGGCUGAGCUCCAGCAGCUACAGGGACAUUCUGAAGAAACUCAGCCCAGGAAGGAAGCUCGAGUUGGGCCAGCGCAGGGAUGAAGACGGGGAUGACGCAGAGACCUUCAGCCUUGGAGGGACUGAAAGACAGAGAGGCUGCGGAGAAACUCAAGCUGAUGAAGAGGGCUCUGGUCUGGGAGAGACGCCCGGAUCAGGAGAACCUUCAAAAAGAGAAGAGGGUGGAGAGGAGGGGGGUGGUGAACUGCCACCGCACAACCUGAAGGAGCUGGAUGGGUCUUUGACAUUAGCUCUGGCUAAUAUGGCUUACCCCUGUGAAUGGAACGGCUUCGGAACCAAACACAUCGAAGGCCAAGAUCACCUGUCCAGGGAGACUCCUCUCCACUUGGCCGUGCGGUUGGGUUUGCCUCAACUCUGCCACUUCCUGCUCCAGCAGCCUGGGGGUCAAAAGGUCGUGACCUUGCUCAACGAGGAGGGUGACACACCCCUGUCUCUGGUCGAGAGCAGAGGAGACGAGACACUCCUCGCAGCUCUCACCACGCCCUCGGACCCCACCUCUGCCCUCCCCACCCCUAUAUCCCAGGUCUGGGUGGAUUGUUCCAGUGUUCUACGUGUGUGUUCCACCAGCGGAGCACUGAGUCUCACAGCCAAACACACCAGCAGCACACACACAGACACCUGCGCACACAUACACACCUACAGGCGGAGAGUGAAGGACUGGACUACAGUCUCUGAUAUAAGAGGAGUGAGGGAAGACGCCAAAGAGGAGAGGAGAGAGACGGAAGAGAGCGGAGGACACAGCAGCUCUGGAGAGCUGAGGAGGGAUCUUCUCAUAGAGGGCCAUGCGUUAGUCGACAGUGUGUUUGAAGAGCAGCUCGUUCUUUCUCUGGACGAAGAUGAUGACUUGAUUUUAACAUCCAAACCAGAUAAAUCCUGCUCUCCCUCAGCCUCCAAGCAAGGACACACACACACCCACUCCACUGCCUCUGCUGCAGCACGCCUCAGCGCCAUGCUCAAUGGGAAAGGACAGGUUGACGACCCUGAAGUGAAAGUGGCUGUUGCCGGAGUGACGGGAGGCAGCACAACCACAGAUGGGGAGGCAGCCUCAGCACCGCCGGGCGCCACGGAUACGCCUCCUCCGGGAGGGGAGGAGAAGCUCUCUGUCUCUCCGUCCAUCUCUCCGUCUCCCAUCCCCUCUCCUGCUGACCUGGCUCUGGCCAGACUCUUCCGAUCCUCACGCACAGAACUGCCCAAUCAGGCGCAGAGCUCGCCCUCAGGGUCAUGUGACCUCAGCCUCAGCCCCGCACUGGUGGCCCUCGAAGUGGACAGUGAGGAAGAGGAUGAUGAGGUCCUGAUAAAGUCACCCCUCCCCCAGCUGUCGUCCGAGCCCAGUGGAGACGAAAGGGACAGCGCUGACCCCGCCCCCGAACCCACCUGCACUCGCACUCUCUCCACCUCCUCCGCCCUGGGCCACACCUCUUCAAAGAAUGCCGCGGAUCAGGGGGUGCGCAUGCGCUCAUACUCGUACUCCUCCCCCAAGAUCAGUCUGCGGCCCCCCCGCUUUAGCCGCGACACAAACACGCCCCCCACCUCCGAACUCACCCAAGAUGGCGCCCUCCACAGCAGCAGUGGCAGCAGGUCUCUCUUGCAGGCUCUGUCUCUGUCUAAAUCUCUCUACCUACUCAACCCUGUUAAACAGAGAGCUCUCAGCCUCAGUGAACAAACACAGGAGAAAAGGGAGUUGAGGUUCCGCAGGAGAGCUCAGUCGGCCGAGGAUGAGUCCAGUGUGGAGCUGGCCGACUCCCUCCAGCACCUCACACUGUCCGAGUUCCUCAAAGAGAUCGAGGAGGAGGAGUGGGACAGGUACAUCAUCCCCUCCAAGACCGAGUCGGACAAGUACAAAGUCAGCCGAACGUUUAGCUUCCUGAAGAGCCGCAUGUCCAGCACUCGCAACAAGAACAAGUGUAAGGCGAAGGAUCGCGAGGGGAAAGACAGGCAGUCCAAUGGCCACCUCUUCUCCUCGGGGUCCUGCGCCGGGGCCACCGUAUGCCUGGUGUGUGACAAGCCAGCCACAGGGAAGGACCUGCUGCACUGCUCGAAUUGCACUCUCACGGUUCAUAAAGGCUGUCGGGACUCCGCCACACCUUGUCUCAAGAAACUCCAGGAUAAAUAUGCCGUUUCCAUGGUGAAAUCGAAAACAGCAUCUCUUCCACAGAACUUUACUGUGCGUGACAGCAGUAAUGUGUCAACGCUCCUCUCCACGUCAGCUUCGCUCCCGGUGAUGGUAUCCCGGGACAACCGCAAAGACUCCCAGACCAAUACCCUCUCCAGGAGCGUUCCCACAGCAACGGAGCACCUUAGCGAGAGUCCGGAGGGUGAUACGGACUCCCCACCUUGGAGACACCACAGCCAAUCAGAUGAGAUUCUACAGAAAGCAGAGUCAUCCACGUCCACUGACUCCUCCAUCGUAGAAGAUGUGGUGGACUCCCCUCUGCAAAGCGAGCUGGUUGGGGACGCCAUGGACCUGGAGGCGGAGUCUUGGAGCCUGGCUGUGCAGCCACACUUCUGCAAGAGCCAGGAAAAGCAUAUCAUCAAGAGACAGGAUGUCAUAUACGAGCUGAUGCAGACGGAGCUUCACCAUGUCCAAACACUCAGCAUCAUGGCCGAGGUCUUCAGGCGGGGCCUGAGAGAAGAGGUGCAGCUGGACCCCGAUGCCAUUGGUCGGAUCUUCCCCUGCCUGGACGAGCUCCUCCCCCUGCACAGGGACUUCCUGUCCACCAUGAGAGAGCGACGCCAUGGCUCCGCCCACCCGGAUGGAGACAAGAAUUACAUCAUCCAUCGCAUCGGGGAUAUCCUGCUGCAACAGUUCUCUGGGGAGAAUGCGGAACGGAUGAAGCAGGUGUAUGGUCAGUUCUGUAGCCACCACACCGAGGCUGUCAGCUUUUUCAAGGAGCUGCAACAGCAGAACAAACGCUUCCAGACUUUCAUUAAACAACAGAGCAGUAACUCCCUGGUGCGGCGGAAAGAAAUCCCAGAAUGCAUUCUGCUGGUGACUCAGCGCAUCACUAAGUACCCCGUGCUGCUGGAAAGGAUUCUGCAUCACACGCAAGAGGGCACUGUUGAGCACGCUGAGGUGUCCCGCUCCCUGGUUCUGAUCCGAGAGCUGAUCGCAGCGGUGGACCAGUGGGUCCGUCAGUACGAGCAGGAGCAGCGCCUGCAGGAGGUUCUGACCCGUCUGGAGAACAAGAGUACCGCCAAGUUGAAGAACGGACAUACCUUCCGCAAGCAGGACGUCCAGGCCCAUGGACGCACGCUCACACACCAGGGCCUCGUCUUCUGGAAGACCGCCACAGGCAGGCUGAAAGAUGUGCUGGCUCUACUCCUGACUGACACACUCAUCCUCCUCCAGGAGAAAGAUCAGAAGUACACCUUCGCUGCCGUGGACCAGAAGCCUCCAGUGAUCUCCCUCCAGAAGCUGAUAGUGAGAGAGGUGGCUAAUGAGGAGAGAGGCAUGUUCCUGAUCAGUGCAUCGUCUGCUGGACCAGAGAUGUACGAGGUGCACACGGUCUCCAAGGAGGACAGGAACACCUGGAUGAGACUCAUCAGAGAGGCUGUGGAGAGCUGUCCAGAGGAGGAUGAGGAGAACACCAGUGAGUCUGAGGAGGAGAAGCGCGUCUCUGAAGCCAGAGUGCAGAAGAUUCAGCAGAUACAAGAGUCUCUGAUCAGUCAGGAUCAGCUGAUCUGUUCCACCCUGGAGGAGAAGCUUCAGAUCUACUCCGAGCUCAACACCCUCAGAGUGGGUGGAGCCCCAGAACCAGAGCCGCGCCUACUGGUACGGCCCAACCCAGAGGAGGUUCCUCAGGCUGCCGCCCUGCUGGCCGCCGCCCUACGAGAGGUGGAGAUCCUAAAAGCCACUCUGUCCACUUGCUGUGACUCUCUCUCCAGCCCCUCUCAACAUCAGGCCCCCCCCUCGGUGGAGCUGACCCCCCCUGUUAGCCCCAAAGUGGGAGCGGAGAGGGAGGCGUCCCCUCCCGAGUCUGAGCCGUCCCCGCUGGACUCUUCCCCACGACAGGAGGACCCCUUCGGUCCCGACUCCCUUAGUCCACUCCAACUGGCCUCAGAUGACCCACUAAACAUGAACGUGAAGGUGUGUGAGGGUGUCCAGAGUCUGACCCAGUUACUCUAUAGUCUGCAGGCGGCGGUCACCAUACAGGACAGCUGUUUCGAGAUCCAGAGGCUCCUCCUCUCCUGCAGUCCCCGACCCUCUCCGGUGGGCCCCUGCCACCCCCGGCAGGGCUCGUCCUCGUCCUCGGCCUCAUCGUCAGGGUGUCUCCGCGGUAACGCUCUGCAGGAGCAGGAGCGCCAGCGGGAGGCGGAGCGUCGUCGGGAGGAGCUGGCGGGUGUGGCCCGUCUCCAGACGCUGCUCACCCAGGAGAGGCAGCAGUGGGAGCGGGAGCGCAGCGCCCGACAUCUCCAGCAGGAGGCGCAGGAGAGCCGGCUGGAGCUGCGCGAACAACAGUGCCACCUGGAGGCCGAGAGGCUGCAGCGGGAGCGCAGGGAGCUGGACGAGCAGCUGCAGGACUACCAGCACAGCCUGGAGAGGCUCAGAGAGGGACAGCGCAGCCUGGAGAGGGAGAGGACCCGAGUGGACACCCAGACUAGCCUGGUCCAGAGCUGGAGGCACAGCAGGCAGAGGAGCCUCCCAGGCAUGGUCAUACCACUGGACACCAUACAGGACACAGAUCUCCCUCUUCCUGAAGGCUCUGUGUUUGUGAACGAGGCGGCUUACCACACGUCCUCCCUCAACAACCGCCACCCUCAUCACCAUCGCCAUCAUCCUCACCACCAGCAGCAGCUUCCUCACGCCGUCCAGCCCAACCUGAACCUGCCCGCCCGCACCGGACCCCGGGGGCAACCGGACCCCCUCUCACACACCCACAACAGCAUCAACUUCCUGCUGGACCGCUCUGCUCAGCCCGGUGACCCGACGCCGGCCAGAACCACAGCAGGCCAGCCAGCAGAACAACCCAGCCACGAGCUGAACAUGUCCAGCAUCGUCAGGGAGAGAUGGUCGCCGGGGACGACCUUUCCGAGUUACUCACCCCCCUUCCUGUUGGACUCAUACAUCACCAUGGAAACAGAAGGGGGGGAGGAUGGGGUGGAGGAGAAUAUCGUGUAUCUCUGACAUCACAACAAGAAUCGCAGCAAGAUCACCGCAAGGAUGGAAAUACCCAGACAGUGGCAACUCUUGAAUACACCUACCAGAUCCCCAGCCGGACCAGGGCCUUAUCUGGGCCACAUCCAUCCAGUUAGCAGUUAUCAGUUUAAAAGAAAAAUGGAACAAUGGACUUAUUUCUUUAACAGAGUGCACUGCUUUAGACUUUAGACUACUCUGAACUGUUGUUCCCUGCACAGGUGUAGAAUCUGAGUGUGGAGUCAGAAUGUGGAGUCGUGGUGUGGAAUGUCUGAAGGCAGAUUCUAAUGGAAGAAGCCUAGCUUCUGCACCACUGUCAGCCGGUUUUAUGAGCCAUUAAAGUAGAGCAGAGCCAGUGGGAUCCCCACACACUGGGUCACUAAUGGCUGGGCUUUAAAGGCAGAGUACGCCAUCCUGGCGAAAGGAUGUUGGUGUUUUAACUCAACACUCAAUCAGAUUUUACCCCUCCCUUCCGUGUGCCUGAAGCAAAAUGUUUAAUGGCUAGAAUUGUUUAUGGUUCGGUCCGAGUCUCCAUGUUUCCCAUUUACAGUGCCAGUGGACCGUGUACAAACAACAAGUUUUUUUUCUUUCUUUAGCACACACACUAAACGGACAACUAGAUGACCGUGAAUUUGACAGAAAGUAUAUUGGACCUCACCUUUAAUGAGGAACAUGCCAGAGGGACUGAGAGGAGCAGAGGGGACAACAUUAGCAUGUUAGCACAGGUCUGAGUCACAGGCCACAUAAACACAGCCACCCAACAAUUGUUUUAUGUAGGAGCAGUAAAGUUUAUGGUGUGUGGUGUGUGAUUAUGUGUGUCGAGCCUGCUGACAUAAAGAGAGAGCGAGGGAGUUAAUGAGAGGGAGAGGCGGAGGAAGAGAGAGAGGGAGGCAUGGAUGAAAGAUGGGGGAGAGAGAGAGGAGUGGCAUGCCAUUGUUUAAUCUGAGUGGGAAUGAAGACAGACAUUACUGAGAGGAUAAAAGGAAGCAAGCUUUGAUGAGUUCCACGCUGAAAUUUUGUUUAAUCUUCAGCCACAUCUGCCUUAAAUUCAAAGUGUGUGUGUGUGUGUGUGUGUGUGUGUGUGUGUGUGUGUGUGUGUGUGUGUGUGUGUGUGUGUGUGUGUGUGUGUGUGUGAGUGAGUGUGUGUCAAGAUUACAUAAAUGGAGCAACCUGAUUCUGUCACUUCGGUCCGCAAGCACCAAAGGCACAUGGUCCACCCUUGAGCAGAGCCCCAGACACACACACACACACACACACACACACACACACACCAACCAUCUGACCCUCGCUGUCAGUGAUUGGUGGUGGGGUGGAGUAUCUAUUAAAACCUUCUCCCUGCUCAUUAAGGCCAGGAAGCUCACACAGGAAACUCAGACAGUCUGUCAGCAAAGAGUAUGUUGAAUGGAGGAACCCACUGUUUUGUUUGCCUAAUUUCACUUUAAAUUGACUUCCUCGCUGACUUUCACAGUGUUGGGUGAAUCCCUAAGAGCGCUGAAGUGAUUGACAGAUCCAGGUUAACUACCAAAUAUAUGCAGCAUCUUAGAUGAAACAAACAUCCAGCUCCAAGGCCCGUGUCCAUAGUAACCGGUGCUCAAGGCCUAUCUCCCAGAACCCAGAACCCACGCUAGUCACGAAGCACAUGGGUCAACACUGGCGUCCUCUCUGCUGUGACUGUGUCUGUCAAAAGCCCUCUCUGAUGGCUCUGUUCACCGAGGAAGACUCAAUCUUCAGUUUGUUUUUUCUUUACACCCUUUUGUUUUGUUUUUGUGUUUUCUUUUUUGACAUGUGUCACCGUGGAAACCCUGGCAUGUUCUGUCUGAUCCGAUGUUGAUUAGCAUGCGCAAACACACAUACACACUCACACACACACACACGCACACACACUCGAGUCAUGAAUUUUUAACAAGGCCGUGUCAAAAAUAGAAAGCGCCGCCGUUCCCCCGAGCGAGACGACACCGCCGCUACUCUGCGUCGUUCCCCUCGACUCGAGAACUGGGGGGGCCUCUGUUUCCAUGCCAGAUUAUUCAUCUGGAGGCUCCUUAACGAUCCGGUCGGAUACGUGUCCCUGGGCCACCGAUCCGACUGCGGGCACGCCAGGGCACACUUCUCCCCGCGCCACCGCUGCUCGCCGGCGUAAUUGGCACGCCGGUUUGGAGCGGCAGCGGUAAUAGCAGAGGCACACCGUGUCACAUUCAUAUUCCCAACUUGUACAAAAUGGGCGGCACAUUUGCAUAGACAGAUCGUUCAGAUAAGGCCAAAACAGCACUGGAAUAAAUGUCACACCAAUUACUGCAGAGACCUGAGUGUUUUUUUGUGUGUGUGUGUGUGUGUGUGUGUGUGUGUGUGUGUGUGUGUGUGUGUGUCUGCCUGCCUGUGCUCUCUAAUGAAUGUGCCAGAAAAUGGCUGUGUGUGAGCUCGUGUUUGUCUACAUGUGUGUAGGUAGAACAUGCAGUGUGUGUGUGUUCUGCUUUCUCCACCUGGCUAAGCAAGUGUGUGUCCAUAUAUCUGCUCUUACGUCGCUCCCCUCCAGCUUGUCAGUCACACUCACUCACACACACACACACACACACACAUAUAUGCUCAGUCGUGUUCAGUUGUUUGUCUCACUGUUGUUUUUCCAAUGUGUUAAUCUAAAUCACAUGAACAAGAUGCUGUCAUCAGUGGAUGUCCAGCACCCAGCUUUUAUUCAUCUUGUGCUUUGCACUUUGCUUGUUUCAGGCCAUUGGCAUCACAGAUUAGCACACACCAGUGUGCCAGUGAACUAGAUUAGCACAAACCAGUGUGCCAGUGAACUAGAUUAGUGGUAGUCCUGUGAGACUUUGGCCCUAAGCCUGUGCAAGCAUUGUAUCACAACAUCUGCCUUAUGUUUAAACUAUAUAGCCUGUGCUCCUUAUAGCUGUUUAUACUACACACAUAUAUGAAUAUAUAUUUUGCAGGUGUUUUGUGUAUAUUAUUUGAAAGAACAUGUAUGUGCUAGUGUGUAAAUGAUGACUUUAUGAACAUUUUUUUAAUUUAUUACACAUUGGAUUAUGGGUAAAUGAAGAACAUUUCAUUGUUUUGUAUGCUGAUGUAUUUUCCUGUAACUGUGUAUAUGGCAUCGAAUGGAACAUGACUAUGUUGCUGCACAA